AGCUGUCAUCGCAGCCUCAGAUGUGACAUCAGACGGCAGCGAGCCUCCCUCAGACGUCUUCUGGAGCCCAAAAGGUCAGCAGUGGCAAGCCAUAGGAGUGUGGCAGGACGCUUUUCAUCUUGCUCUUCAGAUUCAACCAAGGCAAAGCAAUCCCUUCAAUCUGCAAAGAGCUUUCUGGGUGGUGAAACACUAGUGGAAUUAACCAAGCAACCAAGCAUCCAAUUAACCAAGCAACGAACAAGAAUCAUGAAAACAAGACUUGGCUGCCUCUCCCAUAAGUCAGACUCAUACAGCGACUUCUCUGAGUUCCUGCCCCCUGAAAAGACCACCAGGUGCAUGAAGCUGACAACAGAUGAAGUCGUUCGGUGGGCAGAAUCAUUUGAUUACCUUCUUUCCCACAAGCAUGGUCUGGCAGCAUUUAGAGCAUUCCUCAAGACGGAGUUCAGUGAUGAGAACAUCGAGUUCUGGAUGGCCUGUGAAGAAUACAAAAAAAUCAAGUCUCCAGCUAAAAUGGCAACUAAAGCCAAUAAGAUAUUUGAUGAGUUUAUUGAUGUUCACGCACCAAGAGAGGUCAACAUUGAUUUUCAGACCAGGCAGACGACAAGACAGAACCUUCAGGAACCAACUGCUUCUAGUUUCAGUGACAUACAAGGCAGGGUGUAUAGCCUGAUGGAAAAGGACUCCUACCCACGUUUUCUAAGAUCAAAGAUUUAUCUAGACAUAGUGAAUAAUGCGCAGACAUCGUGUCAAAGGAGGUCUGUUUAGAAAAGUCUACUAAAAACUUCAUUUCACCUUUCUAGUCUGAGUUUGAAGGAGCUUACAUAAGCCUGUGUAACACGCAUGCAUACUCAAAUAAGCGUAACAAAUUAUUUCCUGUGUUAACCAUGGUCAGCUACAAUAUGAGCAUCUAAUUUAUAUAUGACUUAGAUCUGUGUUUAGUAUGUCCAUCAUGAUGAGGUCUUUUUUAAUGCAACAAAACAGGCA